AUGCGGCGGCGGCGCGCCGGCGGCAGGACCAUGGUUGAGCGCGCCAGCAAGUUCGUGCUGGUGGUGGCGGGCUCGGCGUGCUUCAUGCUCAUCCUGUACCAGUACGCGGGCCCGGGGCUGAGCCUGGGCGCGCCCGGCGGCCGCGCACCGCCCGACGACCUGGAUCUCUUCCCCACGCCCGACCCGCACUACGAGAAGAAGUACUACUUCCCGGUGCGCGAGCUGGAGCGCUCGCUGCGCUUCGACAUGAAGGGCGACGACGUGAUCGUCUUCCUGCACAUCCAGAAGACGGGCGGCACCACCUUCGGCCGCCACCUCGUGCAGAACGUGCGCCUCGAGGUGCCCUGCGACUGCCGGCCCGGCCAGAAGAAGUGCACCUGCUACCGGCCUAACCGCCGCGAGACCUGGCUCUUCUCCCGCUUCUCCACCGGCUGGAGCUGCGGGCUGCACGCCGACUGGACCGAGCUCACCAACUGUGUGCCGGGCGUGCUGGACCGCCGCGCCCCCGCCGCGCUGCGCACGCCCAGGAAGUUCUACUACAUCACCCUGCUGCGAGACCCCGUGUCCCGCUACCUGAGCGAGUGGCGGCACGUGCAGCGGGGGGCCACAUGGAAGACGUCGCUGCACAUGUGCGACGGGCGCACGCCCACGCCCGAGGAGCUGCCACCCUGCUACGAGGGCACGGACUGGUCGGGCUGCACCCUGCAGGAGUUCAUGGACUGCCCGUACAACCUGGCCAACAACCGGCAGGUGCGCAUGCUGGCCGACCUGAGCCUGGUGGGCUGCUACAACCUGUCCUUCAUCCCCGAGGCCAAGCGGGCCCAGCUGCUGCUGGAGAGCGCCAAGAAGAACCUGCGGGGCAUGGCCUUCUUCGGCCUGACCGAGUUCCAGCGCAAGACGCAGUACCUGUUCGAGCGGACGUUCAACCUCAAGUUCAUCCGGCCCUUCAUGCAGUACAACAGCACGCGGGCGGGCGGCGUGGAGGUGGACGAGGACACCAUCCGGCGCAUCGAGGAGCUCAACGACCUCGACAUGCAGCUCUACGACUACGCCAAGGACCUCUUCCAGCAGCGCUACCAGUACAAGCGGCAGCUGGAGCGCAGGGAGCAGCGCCUCAAGAGCCGCGAGGAGCGCCUGCUGCACCGCGCCAAGGAGGCGCUGCCGCGGGAGGACGCGGAGGAGCCGGGCCGCGUGCCCACCGAGGACUACAUGAGCCACAUCAUCGAGAAGUGGUAGUGACGGCAGCCGCGUAGGGGCCUCUCAGGGCUGGGUGAGAUCAGACAGACACCAACACACAAGCAGGCUGCGCGAGACUGUUGUGGGAGGAGAGUCCCAAACCUGCUCCGCGGAAGCAAACAGAGCGGGGAAGUGGUGGGGCCGGGCGCGGGCGGCUCCUGCUCUUUCUCCCAGGCCAGGGGUCAGAGGAAAGCCUACUUGAAGGAUGUCCUGGGCAUGGCGGGGCCUCUGGGCAGGUGACCUUCCUGCUCCCCCGGCCCCCAUGUCACUGUCACUGCAGCCCAAGGUUUGAAGAAGAGACAAACGAUGGAGAGUGGACCUGAUGGGCCAGGAGCACCUCACACCAGCUAUGCACACACCCGCAGCCCCUCUGUCCAGGCCAGCAGGAGUUAGAGACCAGCUCUAAGCCCCUUCCCCAGCUCCAGCCCCUCAACCCUGGUGACCCUAGUGCCCCUGGGCCUGGGAGGCCCCCUCUCCUGAGAACUCAAGCAGCCCUUGGAGGCAUCCUCAGGACUGGAGCUCCUGGCUCACCAUCUGUAGCUGCUUCGAGAUCAGGGCCCACCAUAUCUGAGGCAGAGAAGACUCAAGUCCAGCCCCUGGGAAGCUCACUCCCCUCUCUGGCCCACAGCCAAAACCCACAGUACAUCCAGCUUCACGCUCUGUGUCAGGAGACCAAAGCAGACCUCCUGGGACCCCCGCCCCAUGGCCGGGAGGAGAGGGCCCCAACUGCACUGCCCGCCUUCCUAGGGCAGAGUGCGUCCCAGGAGUGGAAAAGCUGUGGCCAGGGCUGCUGCCACCUGUUCCAGAGCCCUUCCCCCACCUGGCCUUUGGGGUGACCACCCAGGCAGACCAGGCUCAGACAGGAAGGGGCGGGGACCCAGAACUACCCAUGUCCCAUUCUCUCUGAUUCUCUGUGAUUUGUUCGCAGGCUGUCCCCAGCCCAAGCCCCAUCACUGGCACAUUUAUCAAGGGCUCAUAUACCACUGCUCCCACCACCCCAUGUUUAAAGUACAAUCAUGCUUCCAGGGGCUGGAACAUGGACCACAGCUGCUGCCCAUGAGCCAGGCCCUGGGGUGUCUCACAGGUGGUUCUGGGUGGCCAGGAAGGGGACGUAGGCUUCCAGGUUCUCAGCUAGGGCUGGAAGAAACAGUUCUAGGUGGCCUCCUGCUACCCAGAUACUCAGCCCCUCCCCCCCGAAGUCUGGUCAGCCCUGUCCCCAGCAGACCCACAGGCUGGCCAGUGGCCCCAUUAAAAGCCAUGAUGCAUAUUUGUUGUAAGCUCUUGCCCUGUGCCUACACCGAAGGUCACAGACACCCUGGCCUCUCGAGAGAGUAACUGCAUGUGCCCAGGGGCUGCAGGCUGACUCGGAAGUAGGGCAGCGGGCUUUGCAGGCCCCCAGCGAGGGGCUGGCAAGGGCACCAGCUUCGUGGGGCAGAGCCCGCCAGGGGCCUCAUCCCUGCCCCAGGCUUCACUCAGCCACCCCAGCUGUCCCACAUGGAGUGAGGGGAAGGUCACCAGACACAUAGGAGUGAGAGACCUCCCGUAGCACAGGGAAAGCUGGCGUGCCAUCAGACAAGGUUCCUACCCAGGAGGGAGCAGCUCUCACCCUACUUGUCUGGCAUGAGCACACCCCAGGCUUUCUACACUGGCCAGUUUGCGUUAGGAUCCAAAGGCAGGGUGGUCGGCAGGCCAGCGUGGGCACCGUACCAGCCCAGCCGAGGCCACCUCCUGGGUGGUACAUCACACUGAGGAGGCAGUGCUGAGAUGACUUAGUGGCGUGGCUCUUUCAAAGGGAGAUCAAGGUCAAUGUGGGGGGAAUCUGCUCUGAUGCUUGUCAUUUGGGGUGGGUGUGUUUCUGGGAGGAGGGUGGGAUGUGUCAGGGGAGCCCUGGGGUCUUGCACAAACCACGUGGGGUGCCAUAGCCUUGCCAUGGGCUUCCUGUGUGUGCAGGCCCAAGCGCAGGAUCUGUUUUGUACAUAUUGGAAUAUGUUUUAACUUAUGCCCCGCCAUCCUGUUUCACAUGGAAGCACAGGUCUCCUCAUGGUCUCUUUGCUGCAUUCGGAAAGCAGUCCCAACCCAGCCAGUGCCAGGCCAAGGUGCCCAGAGACAGUGGCAGCUGGGAGUGACCACCGCUUGAUUGUCCAGCCCGGCACUUCCCAUUCAGGCCACCUGCUUUGGGGUGAAAGUCCCUUGUGCCUGCAGCACUGCUAGGAUACUGUGGGCCAGAGCUCCAGGACUGGGUGGCCCCACUCGUCUCUAGGACUCUGCCCACCCAGAGACUGAGAGGACAGAAGCGAACACCCAGCGAGCUUACAGGUCGGUUUCCAGGCACCCCCCACAGACCUGCAAACAUCCCCUCCUGGAGGGCAAAGCCAGGGACGGCAGAAUUGUCUGAGCAACGAGUCUGUGAAAUUUUUGGCAACUGGAACUGCUUCACUUGAACCCAGGAGCAUUUAAAGCUUUAUUUAUUUAUAGCUUCUUAUUAAAAAAGUGUUGAGAAGAAAUCUUGGGUCAUUCAUACAAAAAAAAUGAGUUGAUGAUGGAAAAGCAAGUCAUAAUCAUCCAAUUGUUUCUGUCUAGGUCGAGAAUGAAUGUUAGCAGAUGAAAUAAACCCUGAAAAGGAC